AUGACCAUGGUUCCUUCUCAAAACGGGAAACAACAGAACAUUAAUAGGAGUGGUGAUUUUGUUAUUUACGGUAACACGACAACGAGUAGUGCUAUGAACCAGGUUAUUGAAGUUGAAGGAGGCUACAAUUGCUUAUUAGGAUCUGAUUUUGUGGUGAGGAGGCACGUCAUGGCUGAUGCUGAAGAAUCAUCCAGACACAACAACAACAACAACAACAACGAGGAAGCUGAACCCGGUGGCUGCGGUUCAACCUCAAAGGAAGAAGAAGUAGAAGGAGCAAAAAACAACAUCAACAACAAUAACUGGCUUCAAUUAAGCAUAGGUUUGACAAGCACAAAGCAAGACAGUGAUCGAACCGUUCCAACAACAACCGGUUCAGGGCUUGUGGAGUUAGAUUUGCUACCCUCACGGCGGAGCUUCGAUCAGCCGCCGGCGUUUUUUCCGGUGGUGGCUUCCGGGAGAGGAGGAGGGCCUAGUUUCGGUGGUUCUUCUUCUUUGCUUUUUGAGCAUCAAACGACGUCGUCUUCUUCCAUGUCCAUGUCUACGGCUAGUGGUCCAAUUACCUCAACCUUUGGUCAUCAGGAGAUGAUGAACUGGGCAUUUGGUCCACUACUUACUCAUUCUAUGCCUAUUAUGCCCUCUUCUUCCUCUUUCACUCCACUUCCUCCUCCUUCUUCUUCUUCUUCCUCGUCACAAUCUUGUUACUCCCCUUUGAGGCCUCCCUUAGGAUCUUACUUUCCCACACCCUUUCAUCACUUCCCUUCUUCUUCUUCUUCUUCUGGGUUUGAUCAAUAUGACGUGGCUGGGGCUGGACCAAGCUCCGAUGUCACCGUUCGAGUUGUCGAUCCUCCUCGAAGACCUCAUUCUGGAAUAUGGUUUAUGUUGCAAGCUUCUCAAAAUCAAGACGGAAGGAUGACAGUUCGGUUGCUAUUGAAGUAUCUGGUUAGCAAACUUAGACUGGAAAGCGAAUCAGAGGUAAUGCAUGCACUGUGCGUUUGUAUUUGCAAUGCAACUUUUGUGUUUGACAUCAUAAAUGUAUUUGUUUAUGUUGUGGUGGUGGAUAAAUCACUGUGUAGCCACGUGAUGAUAGAGAUAAGAUGCAGAGGGCAGCAACUUUUACCUUUCUUGACGUUGCAGCAUGUGAGGGAUAACAUUUGGAGCCCCAGAGACAGCACAAGAGCAUUGCUUUCAGAUUCCUCAACCUCGGAUCAUGUCAUGGUGCUCCAUUAUGGUAGAACCACUCCUUAA